UAAUUUUGAAAUUUGGGAGGAGGGCGUUCUCGAUAACCGAGACCCAUCGCGAAAUUUCCUCUUCGCUGCUCCUUCCUUCUUCGUCUUCAAGAAAAAUUACUACACACGAAGUGGGAAAACAAAAGAGAUAAAGAAAAUCGUUUACCGAUUGGUGCAGCUGAGCGAGUGAGAGGGCGCUUUUCUGCGUCUUUUUCUACUGUGAAUCCGCUGCCCUAAUCCGGAGUAAUAUUUACUAGUAGUAUAACACAGAAGUAGAAGCAAAAAAAAAAAAAAGAAGAAAGGAGAGAAAGAUGAAGAGCAAUUCAACAGAGAUGAAAUUCGUGCAAGACCUGAUACUGUACGCUGCCAGCGCCGCUCUGAGUUGCUUGGUCUUAUUCACGGGGCUCCGACUUCUCGACCCGAACCGGGAGGCCUCCAAGAAAGCCCUCGAACACAAGAAGGAAAUCUCCAAGCGCUUGGGCCGCCCUCUUAUUCAAACAAAUCCCUACGAGGAUGUGAUAGCUUGUGAUGUCAUCAACCCCAAUCAUAUUGAUGUGGAAUUUGACUCUAUUGGUGGAUUGGAAGCCAUCAAGGAAGCCUUGUUUGAAUUGGUCAUUCUUCCGUUACGGAGGCCUGAACUGUUUGCUCGUGGGAAGCUCCUUGGACCACAAAAAGGUGUCUUGCUGUAUGGACCUCCCGGCACUGGGAAGACGAUGCUUGCCAAAGCAAUUGCAAAAGAGUCUGGUGCUGUUUUUAUCAAUGUGAAAAUAUCAAAUCUGAUGAGCAAAUGGUUUGGUGAUGCUCAAAAACUUGUGGCUGCUGUGUUUAGCUUAGCCUAUAAGCUCCAGCCAGCAAUUAUAUUCAUUGAUGAGGUGGAUAGUUUUUUGGGUCAGCGCAAGACUACUGACCAUGAAGCACUAACAAACAUGAAGACUGAAUUUAUGGCUUUAUGGGAUGGUUUUACCACAGAUCAUAAUGCUCGUGUAAUGGUACUUGCUGCUACAAACCGUCCAUCUGAGCUGGAUGAAGCAAUUCUUCGGCGCCUUCCUCAGGCCUUUGAGAUUGGCAUGCCUGAUCGCCGAGAGAGAGCUGAAAUACUGAAGGUGAUUCUGAAGGGUGAGAAGGUUGAAGAUAACAUUGACUUUGAUCGCAUAGCUGGUCUAUGUGAUGGAUACACUGGCUCAGAUCUUCUUGAGCUCUGUAAGAAAGCUGCCUAUUUUCCUAUCAGGGAUCUACUAGAUGCAGAGAAGGGGGGAAGUUCUUCUCUGGAGCCUCGACCAUUGUCACAAUCAGAUUUAGAGAGAGUAAUUUCCACAACAACAAAAACGAAGGUUGCUGCAACUGAGUACACCAGAUUUAAUUGUCAAUCAUCCGGAUGGUCAAGGCAUGGUGAUCCAGAUUAUGUACAAGUUGCGAUCAGCGAGCUUUCUAAACUCGUGACUUCUCAGAUUUUGAACAUCCAGCCAGAUGAUGCUGAAGACCCUUAAUCAUUUAUUUGAGCUGAGGCAGCAAGAGAUUUUCUGCUUCUGUAUAACACUCCGCCAAAGAUAGUUUUUAUAUACUAUUUUUUUUUUUUUUUUAGAAUCAAAUUUGAUAUGUUUGCAGAAGUUUAGUUUAAUCGGUUGAAUCUUAAUGUACACCCGCCGAGCAUUAACAAAUAUUUGUGUUCCCCGAUUAAGCGUCUUUUAGCAUGUAUAGAUAUAGAAAUAGAAUAAUUAUUUGGAAGGUUUCAUGGCGAUGGGAUUUGGCCGAUUUUUUUGGCAUUAAUCUGGUCGUUGAUGUUGUUCUUGAGUGAAAGGCAGCUUAGGGAAGAAGGGGGGACGGGCAUAAAUGUCUUUUCCGUAGGGAAGAAGGGAAUGUUGGCUUUUCAUUUAGUAGUAUUUUCUCCAAUAAUUGUACUGAAUCUUGUCACUUGGCGUGGUUAUUUUGAGGAUUAAUCAUUCGUGCGACAAUGAUCCACGAUGGAAGUAUAUUUGUCCUCGUUGUUGCUUGUG